AUGCUAGGCUGCCUUGGCAAGCCUUUGGCCAAGCCGCUUCUGACUAUCAGCAAUGUCCAGGAGGACGAGUACACCUGCGCACGCUGCAAGUGGACGGCGAAAGUCCUGCGGGCAGCGCUUGGCGAGAGACGCUUCCCGCGUCGGGCGAACGAGGCCGCAGGCCGCCGAAAACUGGCGGAGGAGGUUCUUAACGAGGCAGGUCAGCCGGUAACAUGCCGCAUCGAAUGCCCGAAACAAGCGAGUGAAACUUGCUUCCAGCGAUGCGUGAGCUCGUGCGGAGAGAUGCCGGUCUGGCAGAACAUUAACUUGAAGCAGAAAGCGAUUUUCGAAAUCAUCCAGAGGCCGCAUGCCCGUGACCUUCCAUACUACCUCACGGAUGACGAGCUGGAUUUUUUUGUGAAAGGCAUUGCAUGGGGACCUCACAAGGAAACCUACCUGCCUCGCCUGGUGGAGCGACAUAAACGCCCGAUCUACAUUGCCCGAGGCUAUGCGCCUCCAACUUACUCGCGCCUGGUGAUGAUUCGGUACUAUGGCCCGGACCCACUUCUAGAAGGCUAUGAAGGAUGGGAUGCUGGUGAAGAGGGUGAGAUUAUGCAGUAUGUCUUGGGGUGGAGAUGGAUCUACGCAGAUUGGCCGGGGCCUCUCGUCGAUGAGGUGGAGGAGGCCUGGAAGAAGAGCUGGUGGCCAGAAAUUGCGAGACCCGAUUGGACCUGGGAGGGUCUUCGUUUCUGUGUGCCACCCUACCACCUCUCAGAGGAAGGGCUCCCUUGGCGAGAAGGUCGAGCUGCUGAAUACGAGCCCCGCGUCACGAAGGGCAAGGGCAAGGGCAGAGCCAGGGCACUUCAGGCGCAAGACGAAAGUCGGCGGGAACUGGGGGAAAAGGCCGCCGGGCGGCUUGGAAGAUCCGCUCACGAAGAGCCCCCAGUGUAA